AUGUUCGACGUUUUUGCAUUGGGCGAGUUCGAAAUCGAUGAAACCGAGCAGAUAGUUGCCGACGUAAUUCAACAAUCGUUCAUAAAUUUCGCGAAAACAGGUGUUCCAUUGAACCAGCACGCCCCAUGGCGAGAUGUUGGAACAUCAACCAAUCUUCGUCACUUGGCCAUCUCACCUGAACCUCAUAUGGAACAGGGCUUCUAUGACGGUACGCGUUUGACUAAUCUUACCAUGAAUUACGUUCAGAUAACAAUCUCGUCUGAACAGUGGCCGAGUUUCACAUAG